AAACGUGUUGAUUCCAUCUAGCUAUUUUAAACAAAAGCAGUUUGUCAUUACUAGAUGAAUUGGAGCUGAAGAGUCAUUUCUUGUCACAGUCAUGGCAGCAACUAUUGACCUGACACACGAAGGCACGGUUUUGGUGGCCAUGGAGUCAACAGCGUGUGAUCCUCACCACACUGCAUUACCAGAACUUUCUGGCCUUUCAUCCAUUACUUCACAGAAUGAGUCUGUUGAUGGAUGUGAGCAGCAGCUUCGAGUUUUCCUCAGAGUUCGUCCAUUCAGUAAGGAGGAACUAGACAACAAUGAGGACCAGGGUUGUGUGGUGUUUGAGAGUGCAGAAACUGCUAUGCUUCAUGCUCCAAAAGGCUCUGCCACUAUGAAGUUCAGUGAAAAAGGCAUUGGCCAGCAGGUGCACAAGUUUGGCUUCACCAAGAUUUUUGGACCAGAGUCAACUCAGGCGGAGUUCUUUGAUGGAACGAUUAGAUCGCAAGUUCAGGACUUUCUGCAGUGCAAAAAUGCACUGGUGUUCAGCUAUGGAGUAACCAAUGCUGGGAAGACACAUACCAUACAAGGCUCUCCAAAAGACCCUGGUAUUUUGCCGCGUGCCCUUGACACAGUGUUCAGGCAUGUCAAUGGGCGGCUGUAUGAACAAAUGGACCUGAAGCCGUACUUGAACUCGGAUGUGCAGAAACUGGACACUGAUCAGCUCAAAAUGGAGAAAUCUGCCAAGACUGCGCUCUUCAGUAUGCUGAAAGAGGACUCGGAGUCCACAAGAACCAGCAGGAGACGGAGCUCUUCCUCUUCUUCCAUCAACAGUCUCUCUUUCUCUGGAGUCUCUUAUGAUCAGACAUUGGACAGUGCGGAGGGAGUCGUCGACGAUUUACAAUGUGUCUACUCGCUGUGGGUUGCAUACUAUGAGAUCUACAAUGAGCAAGUGUAUGACCUGCUACAGCCUGCGCUCUCUAACAGGACGAAGAGGCGUGCUGCUUUGCGUUUGUGUGAGGACAGUGCUGGGAAUUCCUAUAUUAGAGAUCUGAGGUGGGUUAAUAUACAGAGCACAGAAGAGGCAUCUAAAGUUCUACGUGUUGGGAACAAGAAUCGCAGUGCAGCUGCCACCAAAAUGAAUCAGUCAUCCAGCAGAAGCCACAGCAUCUUUUCCAUCAAGCUGAUGCGCAUUGAUGGAGCUGAUGUCCAGGGAAUAUCAGAGCUUUCUUUGUGUGACCUGGCUGGUUCGGAGCGAUGCAACAAGACUCAGACAUUUGGGGAGCGUCUGAAGGAAGCUGGAAACAUCAACAAUUCCCUGCUGAUUUUGGGAAAGUGCAUUGCAGGGCUCCGCAACAACCAAGGUGAAAGGGCGAAGAACAGCUACAUUCCGUUUCGUGAAAGCAAACUGACCCGCCUCUUCCAGGGAGUGUUUUGCGGUCGUGGUAGGGCUUCCAUGAUUGUGAACAUCAAUCAGUGUGCUUCAACUUAUGAUGAGACUCUCCACGUCAUGAAAUUCUCUGCUGUGGCCAAAGAGGUGGUUCAGGUGAUCCAACCUCGCUCUCUUGAGUCGUUAGCGCCACGCCUGCUUGGUCGAGAUGGAAAGCCUUUACUAAAAAAUGGGUUACUUGACAGCCAGGCAGUGGAUGACUACCUGUCAGAGGAUGAGCUGUUUGAUGGUGAUGAAGAGGCAGAUAUGUCAAUAUUACCCCAGGAGGAACUGUUGAAUCUGGUGGAGAGUCUUCGCGCAAAGCUGUUGGCUGAGCGCAAGAAAAAUCUGCUGCAGGAGAUUCAGAUCCGCAAAGAGAUGGGUGAUGCCAUGAUGCAGCAAAGCAUGGAGAUUGAAGAACUUCACAGUCGUCAGAUGGCAGACCUGAAGGAGAGCUAUGAGGAGAAAAUGGACAGCACAUUUGAGAUGUAUAAAGAGGCACUGAAGGAGCAUGCCUACCAGUGUGCCCUGGAACGGCUAGAAGAAGAAUACGUCCCGCUAGAUGAGUUCACUGCUGAGCAGGACCGAGCCAAGGAGCUUGAGAGGCGUGUGAAUGAAUUGGAACGGAAGCAACAUGGUUCUGCAUCGGUUCUUCAGCAGGAAAACUCGACACAGACUGACCUGAUGCAACCGAGCACAGAGGAGAUCGAUUCUGAGCGGUUCAAACUUCUCUACAAGGAGAAAUGUGCUGUGGAACAAGUGUGUGCAGAAAAACAAGAGUUAAUCAUAUCUCUAGAGAAACGCAUCUGCGAGUUGAACGAGACUCUGCAGGAAGCUGGAGAGAGCUUCAUGGAGAAACUUGCUGAGGUUCAAAACUUACAGAAUAGGCUCAACUAUCAGGAACAAGAAAGUGAGCAUUUGCAGAGGGAGCUUGCCGAAAGAGAGCUGGAACUGCAUGGCGUGAAGGAGGAUCUGGCCAAGCUAACCCGUAACCCUGUAGGACAAUCUCGCCCGAAGCGGGGACUGCUGGUAAACAUCAAAGAGUCUAUGUCCUCCCCAUCCUCAGGAAAUCUCUGCCGCACAAUCAGAAAAUCAGUUCGCACUACGACAUCCUUGAGAAGAACACCCAACUGAUAUACAUAUCCGUGUACUAUAUGUAUGGUUUAGCAGAUGUCUGGUUUUAUUGUAAUGUCUGUUUUUAUGGAUUUAAUAAAUUCUUUUUACCCCCAAACCAUCUCAUAUUCUGG